AUGGCUGUGUAUGACCGCACGCUAUGCGGACCUCCCAUCACCGACAGCGACACUGGCUUCGACGACUUUGUGCAUGGGAAGGGUCACGGUCUUUUCAUUAAGCUCUUCGGCCCACCUGGUGUUGGAAAGACCCUGUCCGCCGAAGCGACUAGUGAGCAUGUCCGACGGCCGUUGUACGUUGUCGGGGCAGGGGACCUGGGUACAACGGGCGCCUUCCUAGAUGCGGAACUCGAUUGCGUGUUGGAUAUAGCGACUAGCUGGAACGCGAUUGUCUUUAUCGACGAGGCGAGUCGUGAUCACUGUAUGCGUGUGCUGAAAGCUGACAUUGUGAACGGCUCGCAUCGGCGUCAGGCGGACGUCUUCCUCGAACAGCGUUCUCUCCAUGAUAUGGAGCGCAAUGCGAUGGUCCCGUACCGCGGCAUCCUCUUCAUGACCACCAACCGUGUCAAGACUUUCGACGAGGCCUUCCUCUCCCGUAUUCAUGUCGCACUCCACUUCAACGAGCUCACGAAGGAUGCACGCAAGCAGGUCUGGACGGUGUUUCUCAAGAAGGUCGGUGUGGACGUACCCGCAUUCGGGGAGCACCUCGUCGACAGGCUCGCGGAACACGAGGCCAAUGGGCGGCAGAUCAAGAACGCGGUGCGGACCGCGAGCUCGCUCGCGGCAAGCAAGAAUGUGCCGCUUAGCUUCAAGCACCUGACAGACACGCUGGACGCGAUGGACGGGUUCACUCCGGAGGUCCAGGGGAUCUCGCGACGCUGA